AUGCUAUUACUAAACACCAAAUCUCAAGACCUCGAGGUCUUUGCUACCAAUGAAGAGGUUCGAUAUGCCAUCUUAUCUCACACAUGGGGCAGGGAUGAAGUAACGCUAGCGGACCUCCUGGCCAAGGAAAAGACGACGGACUCUGAAGGCUGGGACAAGAUACGCCGGAGCUGUGAAGUAGCAGCUCGUCUGGGCUUCGAUUACAUUUGGAUAGAUACUUGCUGUAUCGACAAAAAAAGCAGUUCAGAACUGUCUGAGGCCAUCAACUCCAUGUUUCAAUGGUACGAAAAGGCCGGAGUCUGCAUCGCAUAUCUCGAGGACGUCUCAUCAGUAGAUGACCCAACUAAAGACGGCUCUCAGUUUGCCCAAUGCCGCUGGUUUAGCAGAGGCUGGACCUUGCAAGAGCUGAUUGCUCCCCCCGAGGUGCACUUUUACUCUCAAGAAUGGGAGCUCAUCGGCACUAGAACGUCUCUCCAGGAAGCCAUCACGAGAGUGUCCUUGAUCCCGGCCGUGAUUCUGCACACCAGCGGCCAGCAACAGAGCUUGGAUGACUUUUCCAUUGCAGAAAAGAUGAGCUGGGCGGCUAAUCGCCAGACCACCCGGCCAGAAGACAUGGCAUACUGCUUGCUCGGGCUAUUCGACAUUAACAUGCCUUUGCUGUAUGGAGAGGGCCGUGUCAAGGCUUUCAAGCGGCUGCAGGAGGAGAUUAUCAAGUCUACGAAUGAUGACUCUAUUUACGCUUGGAGAUAUCCUGAGGAAUUAUCCAAGAGACAGCACUUCUGGGGUCUCUUGGCAGAGAGUCCUGCAGCGUUUGGACAUCAAGGCGGUGACUAUGUGAUCAAAAGAGCAAGAUACCUCACACGGAGCUCAAACUAUGUAGCUGCAGUUUCUAGCCGCGGUCUAGACGUUGAACUCGCUCUAACACCUCACCCUCGAGAUGAAUCUGGCACAAUCUUCAUCGCAGUGCUAGACUGCGACAUGGGCCGAGAUGAAGUCUCGCAUGAGCUGACACCAGCCAUUAUCCUCCAAAAGACGCAGUGGCACAACGAUACAGAAUUCGUCCGCAUACGAACAGACCAUUUGCUAAUGGUAUCAAUGAACCGCAUGAAGGUCGCCAAAGAUCUCAGACGCUAUCGCCUGGGCUACGAUCGCCUUUCAGAAGCUCAGCCUCGACCGAUAUUCGUCCCGCAUAAUUUAUCCACGCGGCGAUCCCCCCGGGGCAUCUUGUUCCAUCCCGAAGUGGUACCCUUAAAUCAUGAUAAGCCCUUUAUGAUCGGCGUGCUCUCCAAUGAUGCCGACUGGCUCUUCGAUGAGCCCACAAGUGCCUCAGCAAACACCUUCCCAGGAAGCCUAAACCGACGAGGCUCGGCCCUUGAAGAAACACCAUCCGACGCAAGCGGAACAUUUGUACUUAGCUUUGACCCCGAUUCCGACCUGGGAGCCACUGAGCCUACACAGCCGACCAAACUCGGCUUCUUGGAGCUCGAGAUCAAGCAAUAUGGCGGAUGGAACAGCUGGCGCACGUGUCUCGUGAUAGGCCUGGAGCCUCACCCUCCCAAUCCCUUGGGCACACCUUCAUUGUACACAGUGCCAUGGUAUGCGUUUGUGAAAAAGGACAAGGUUGCGGCGGGACAGUUUGACGAUGUGCUGGCGAGGGAAGACAGAGUGAUGGAGCAUAAGCUGCUGAAUGAGGUGCUGCGAGUUGAGUUUGACCUAGAAAGCCGGCACUCGAGAUUGCAUUAUAACGUAAUUUUGAAGCUGAGAGAGGCGAUUAAGGAAUCAAGGAGAUGA